AGCGUUUGUUUUCGUCUGUCACGGGGAGCUGCACGGCUAUUGCAGAGCCAAAGUGCUACAGCGGGAGGUCUAAUCCUGUAACACUGGUAAAAUUAGUUAGACAUGUCUUUUUCAAAGGCACCUUUGAAGAGAUUCAACGAGCAUGUUGGCUGUGCCCCUCCGCCGGGGUCCUACGAGAUUAAAGCCGGGGGGGAGCUGAAGGGACCGGUGUCCUUCCACAAAUCUGAGCGGUUCAAACCCGCCAAAACAGCCGGUACGCCUUCACUGCCUCCACCUCCGCCAUCGCCCUCUAAAAGUGUCCUGGUAUCACCUGUUCGCAGGACCCUGUCUGUUGAUGGUCUUGUUGAGGGGUCGACUAAGAAAGAGAGGAAUGGGAUCACUCUGGAAGACAAACAACGGAGACUCUUGGAGAAAGAGAUCCGGUCCCUUGUGCAGCAGCGAGGGGAGCAGGACCGGCGUUUGCUGGCCCUGGAAGAGGAGCUGAACAAGGUGGAGGCCAAGCUGCUGGCAGCAGUCAGAGAGAAGACUGGCCUCUCUGCCAAUGGUGCCACCCUGGAAAGGCAGCUUGCUGAGCUCAAGAAAGCCAAUGAGUUUCUAAAGAACAAGGUUUCUGCUGACACUUCGAAGAAGAGGAUCAACUCUCUCACAAUGGAACUGAUGGAGGCAAGGAACAAGUUGGAUGUUAAAAACAAGGAAUUAAGUUUCCUCCAGAUUAACACUGAAGGCCAAGUGAAGGCGUUGGAUGCGGAUCUACAAGCUACCAAGGCUGCCCUUGCUGCUCUAAAGGACAGGAACAAAGACUUGGAGGACCUACAACAAGCGACCAAAACACAAAACGAAGAGCUAGAAAAUGAGACUGAUAAGUUGCAUGCUGUGAUUCACGAGCUGAGGGAGGAGAUCAGAGUUCUGCAGGGCUACCUAGACACAGCUAACGACCAGAUCCAGGAUUUGCGCUUGAAGCUCCAGGAGAAGACAGAGUUUGAGCAGACUGUUACAAAUUCUCAGCAGGAAAAGACAGGGCAACUACAGAGACAACUAGAACAGUGCACUACUGAUCUACAAACCACCCAAGACGUGCUGAGACAAAAACAGGAGGAGUCAGAGAAAUAUCAACAAGAGCUACAGGCAUCCGAGGAUGCUGUAAAGGAGAUGGAGAAGAGGCUGGAGGAUCAAGAGCUGGAGCUGAAGUCUUCACAAAAAGCAAUGAGUGAGAUAGAGGCACAAGUAAAGCUGGCCAACCAAAAAGUUCAGGACUCUGAGUCCACGGUGCAUCAACAGGAAACAGAGCUUACCAGGCUGAAGGAGGUGCUGAGCAAGACAGAACUGGAGCUGGAUGAAAAAGUGGCAUGCCUUGCAGAGAAAUGUCAGUUCUUUGAGGAGGAGAGAAUAUGUUCCUGUUUGUUUUUAGGCAAGACUCAAGAGGAGGGGUGGAGGAGAGUGGAGGAGCUGAAGGCAGAGCUGAACUCCCUAAAGCAAAUUGAGAGAGAUGAGAAGAAGAAACAGAUACAGCUCCAGCAAGAACAUGCUGCUCUUACUGAGGAACUGGAGAAGGAAAAGGCACUUGUAGACUCCCUGUCUGUGUUGCUGAAGCAGGAGAGGGAGGAGUCUGAGGAGCGGCACAGGCUGCUAAAGGAUGAGAUGGAGGAGGUGCUGGGAGAGCUCUCUGUCAUGGAGGAGCAGGAGCAGCAUAGGCAGGAGGUGAUGGAAAAGAGCCAGGAGGCUCUCCAGAGGCUGCAGGCAGAGAACAAAGACUUGGAGAGACAACUGCAGGAUACCAGGGAAUUAUUAGACAGCAAGUGCAGUAAUGUGGCAGCGUUGGAAGAAAACCACUUGGCAGCCAUGAGGAAACUCCAGGAGGAGCACACAAAGUCUCUUAGCAAGAUAGGAGAUGUUGUCACAGAGCUGGAAAGCACCAAACAGGCUCUAAGGGGAGCAGAAGAGAGAGGGGAAAAAAUGGAGGCAGAGGUGCAGAGAGUCAUCCAGCAGAUGGAGGAGAAGACGGACAGAGUAAUUCAGCAGAAAGAGGAGGAGAUGAAGAAAAUGAGGGAGUUGGAGGAGCACCAGGGGAGACACUUCAUGCAGCAGGCUGAGGAGAAAGCCAAGGAGGAAUAUGCACAGAUGCUGUUGGAAGUACAGACUCGCCUCACACAAAAAGAUGAGGAGAUAAAGGCCAUUGAGGCAAGCCAUACAGCUCUGAUCAGUCAACUACAGAGGGAGAUAGAACUGCACACAAGGGAGAAAGAAGAAGCACUUGAACAGCUAGAGGAACAGAGAGGUCAGAUUGUUAUUCAGCUCCAACGUGACAAGGAGGAAGUGCAGAGACUACUAGAGAAGGCCAGACAGGAAAAAGAAGAGACACUGGAACAACUCCAGCAAGAAAGAGGGGAGAAAGUUAAGAUUCAGAAAGCCUUUCAGGAGGCCAGGGCAGCAAUGGAGGUUGAGAGGAGAGACUCUCAACAGGGCAGGUCAGAGGUGCUCAGUCUACAGACCCAGCUAGAGAGGGCAGAGGAGGAAAGGAUGAGCCUUCGUUCUCAAGUAGAAUGCAUAGACCAUGAAAGGCUAGCUCUUGAAAAUCAACUGCAGACGGCAGAGCACGGCAGAGAGCAGCUUCAGUCUCACCUGGACCAAACUGAACAAGAGGUCCUGAGUCUCAGGACACGAGUAGAGCUCACACAGGAGGAGAGGCAGGCUCUGCAGGAACAAGUAAAGGUGUUGACUCAGGAGAAGGUAACCCUGCAGUGGGAGAUAGAGGAGCAGCGGCACAAACUCCAAAGGCAACUUGCUGAAACACAGGAGAAGAGCUCAGCUUCAGAGACUGAUCACUGGAAGAGACAGUAUGAGGAGCUGUUUGCCAAAGUCAAGCCCUUCCAGGAACAGCUCAAUGGGUUUGCAGCAGAGCGAGAAGCACUGCUCAGUGAGAACGGGGCAAACCAGGAGGAGCUGAACAGGCUGGCCAAUGCUUACGCUUGCCUGCUGGGCCACCAGAACCAGAAGCAGAAGAUCAAACAUGUGGUGAAGCUGAAAAAUGAGAACAUCACCCUCAAACAGGAGCUAUCUAAGCUGCGGUCCCAGGUGAACCGGCAGAAGAAUGAAAUGGAGGAGCUGAAGUCAAAGCUCCCUGGAGCUUCCCGCCGCAGGUUUGAUCCCAGCAAAGCUUUCCAACAUGACAGUAAAGAGAACAGGCAGCCAGAGACAACUGCAGCCCUCAGAGAAGGAAAUCAUUUUGUGUAGCGGGGCUCUUCCACUGGACAAGAAUCUUCAACUAAUCUGUGCCAUGCUAACAAGUCUUUCUUCUAGGUUUUUGGUCUUCUUUUAAAUAUAGACUCUGCCUCUUACUUGGUUAUAUUUUAGUCUUUAAGUUCACAUUUAAUUCAAUGUAUUUUUUUUUUUUUUUUCACAAGACUCUAUUGAAAAUGUGAACCAUAACUUAAGCUUCACACCUACUGUAUGUUUUAAAGGAUUUUCUGUCAUCAAAGUGUAUUUUGCAUGCAGUCUGUUGUCUGUCGUGUAGAGGGGAAAAAAUGUAGGGAGCAGAAUGUUUGUACAGGAACAGCAUGCGCCAAAAUAAUGGGCAAAUAUAAGAAGAUGGCCACGGAUAGAGGGCACAGAAGGCAGACAAGUAUAUAAAAUGUGAGAGUCAUUUUAGUUCUUAUAUGGUAGUAUUAACAGGGUAGCAGGUUUUUUCCCUCCAUUUUUCUUAUUUCUGAAAUGUUGGGUAAAGGUUAUCCUAUAUACUUGAUUUCCCCUUUUUAUAUGCAUUUGCUGUUUAUAAAUAAAUGCAGAUUUGUAAACUUCUA